AGUCCGAAAGGGCGGCGCUGAAGUUAACUCUUAUUUUUCCCCAAAAAAAUAGUUCGUGCACAUUGCUUUUUAUAACGAUGAAUAAAUGAACGGGUUUCUCUACGAAUACCAGAUGGAAAAAUGAAUUUUCCACAAAAGACGAGAGAGGAGAUCAAAGCGGAGCGCGAAGCAAAGAAAGCUGCGAAGGCCGCUGCUAAAGUGACAAAAGGCAAAAAUGUAAGCAAAGUAGCAGAAGCACACAAUAAUGUCAAGAAUGUAUCUCCAGUAACCAAUUGCAAGAUUCCGCAGAAAAAUGUAGAAAGGAAUACAGCGGGAAAAAACGAUAAUAAAGUAGCAGAAACAGAUAUUAAAAAUAAAUCCAAUGCAGCUAAUUGUGAUAAUUCAGGAAAAAGUACAAAAACAGUUGCGCCGACUGUAAGAGACUCGCAACCUACGAAAGAAGUGUCAAAGGAAAACACAAUUCAAUCUUCAAAUGUUGUUAUGCAAAACUGCGCGUCCGAGAGCAAAAGCAAAGAAAGUAUUGGAGAGAAAAGCAAGGCUGAACUACGAGCGGAACGAAGAGCCAAGCAGGAAGCGCAGAGAGCUGCAAAACAGCAACAAUUAUUAGCAAAGGAUAAUAGUAAAACUAAAGAAUCUAUUAAACCAUGCGUAGAGAUUAAAUCCGAGUGUGCAAUAAAGAAAGAAGUUACAAAAAGUGUAGCAAAGGAGGACCCGCACCAACUUAGUUUAUUUAAACAUUUGUAUCAUGAAAGAAAGGUUUCGCGGAUUGACGUAGCUCCUGUCAACUCAAAUAUACAUCCGGCAAUAGUUAGACUAGGCGUUCAAUAUGCAAAUAAAAUUAUCGUCGGUAGUAAUGCGAGAUGCAUUGCACUUCUGGCUACUAUCAAACAAAUGGUCCAGGACUUCGAGAAGCCAGCACAGGCCGACUUUAUCCGCGGCUUCGAAACGAGUUUGCAACAAUCUCUAGCGUAUUUACAUCAUUGCAGACCAUUGGCCGUCUCGCAACAUAAUGCCAUGCGUCAUCUUAAGUGGCAAAUGACACGAUUUUCGUCAUUGUCUGAUGAAAAAGUAAAAAAUAAAUUACAAGGCAUAAUAGAUACUUAUAUUUCGGAGCAGAUUGAUCUAGCUGACAAAGCAAUAUCUAUAACGAUACGAAAGAAAAUCUCAAAUGGAAAUGUUAUUUUAACAUAUGGCUAUUCAUCCUUGAUUUACAAAAUAUUAGUGGAAGCACAUGAUGCUGGUAAACAAUUUCGAGUAAUCGUGGUUGAUGGUAGGCCAUGGUUAGAAGGAAAGGAACAGCUGAGGCGAUUAGCAAAACAUGGAAUUGAGUGCUCAUAUAUAUUGAUCAAUGCUCUCAGCUUUAUUAUGCCAGAAGUUAGUAAAGUCUUUCUUGGUGCCCAUGCGAUAUUAGCCAACGGAGCGGUAAUGUCGAGAGCAGGAACUGCGCAAGUCGCUUUGAUAGCAAAAACCUUUAAUGUACCUGUUUUAGUGGCUUGCGAGACGCAUAAAUCAAGUGAACGAGUGCAAACCGAUUCUAUUGUUUAUAAUGAACUAGGUAACGCGGAGGAGCUCGUGAAUCAUCAAUCGAAGGACAAAACGAAAAAGUCUUUACUUUCGAAUUGGCGAACGAAGAAAUCGUUAAAUCUCUUAAACAUUACGUAUGACGUGACACCGGCCGAUCUCGUGACGGCCGUUGUCACGGAAUUGGCAAUUUUGCCAUGCACUAGUGUUCCUGUGAUUUUACGAAUUAAACCUUCCGAAAUUUAAAUACAUAUGUUUCUGUUCAAUAAAAUUAAUUAGUGAUUUUUGCAUAACAUCUGAAAAAAUAUAACUAUUGGAAUUGCUUGAAAGUACAACAUAUGCGAGAUUGACGUAUUUAAUAUAAUAAAAUAAUUGCUCGAUAAUAGUAAAAUAUAAGACAGAUUAAUAUUGAUUAAUACAUGCAUUACUAUAUAUUGCAUUAUGCAUACAGUUUUUAUGUGUAUUUAUAAAUAAAUUUUUUUAAAUUGAACUGCAAUGCGAAGUGCGAUGCAAAGAGAGAUAUAGCGAAUUUCGUUUAAGAAACUCUUGCCGAUAUUUAUUAGGUUUUCUAACAAUAAUUAUAUAGAGCAUUUUAUAUAUCUAACAAUAUAUUGCAACUCGCUAUUUAAUGCAAAAAUUGCCAUUAAUAUUAAUUGUAAAAAAGAAUAAAAUAUGUUUUUAUAUGUUUGGAGAGGAGACCUAGAAAUUCAAAUUUGAUGUAAUUUUUCCACCAAUAUCACAUUGGUUGCGUUCCGUUUCACGUAUAGAGCGCAUAAAUCGCUUGGAAAUCUAUAAUAUAUGUUAUGUGAAUUAUAGAUUUUCAGGCGAUCUAUGCGCUUAAUGCGUGAAACGAAACGCAUCCAUAGAUGUAUGCUGCACUGAGGCGACGUUAACGGCUCCGGACUAAAUUAAGGUUAGGUUAAGUUAGGCUUUGUAAAGACAAACAUAAUCGAAAAUGUUUUGUAGUUUCUGUAUUAUGAUACCGCUAAUAAAUAAAAUAAAAAUUGGUGCUA